AUUGGCAAGCACAAGGCAGGCAAGUGCAUGGUGGGCAAGCACAAGACAGGCAAGCGCAUGGUAGGCAAGCACAAAGUGGGCAAGCACAAAGUGGACAAGCACAAGGUGGGCAAGCAAAUGACAGGCAAGAACAAGAUGGGCAAGCGAAUGGUGGGCAAGCACAAGGUGAGCAAGUGCAUG